AUGUGCCUGAGAACAGUGUUUGAGGGGAAAAUCCUGAGUGCUGCUGCUACCAACAGUCUGCUGAUGACUGGGGAUGCUGAGCCCACAAGUUUCCUUGCAGCAGUCAGACACAGUGAUGAUAAGCAGCAGUGGGAAGCCUUGGAAUCAGUCUUUGUGCAUCCUUUUUCCCCCUGUACCAUUUUCAGCAUUGAACAUUUUAGAAAAUGGUAUGAAGAUUCAUUAAUAGAGCCAAUGCUUCUUCAAGUGCCGCAGGCAGCAUGCUUCGCUCCUCCAGCUGACUGCCAGAGUCAGAAGUUAAAAUCCAUGCGGUGCAAUGUCAAGACGAUGUUUACCUUGAAUACAGCAUGUACUACUUGUGCUGCAGUGCCAAAAAUGUUGUGCCCAAGAGGCUGGUUAAAGACUACCCAAGGAUUAGGGGUGAGGGACUGCAGAUACUCUGUCAAGUUAGGAGAAAAUACACUUUCCCUGCCAGGGUGCCAUCACAUAUGUAAGAAGGAAAUUGAAGAGAAAAAGUGCUGUCCAGGAUUCUGGGGUACAGAGUGCUAUGAGUGCCCAGGUGGCUCUGAAAAUCCCUGCAAUGGCCAUGGGAGGUGCUUGGAUGGUAUGCAGCAAAACGGGACCUGCAUCUGCAAGGAGCAAUACAGUGGCUUUGCCUGCCAGAGUUGUCGAGAUGAAAAUCGUUUUGGCCCAGACUGUCAGUCAGUGUGUAACUGUGUGCACGGGGAAUGCAACAGCGGUGUCACUGGGAAUGGAAGCUGCACGUGCUACGGAGGCUACACUGGCCCCAGGUGUGACCAAGAAAUUUCCCUUUGCAAAGGUGUGACAUGUGACACCAACAGCGAAUGUGUGGUGAGGGAUGGGACAGCAGUGUGUGACUGCAAGCUGGGCUACAGAAAACAGGGGAGCACUUGCCAAGCUCAGGAUCCUUGUGCUCCUUCUCCAUGCUCCCCCUUUGCUGUAUGUAAAGCUCUAGGAACACGAGGGUAUCAGUGUACCUGCAAAGAAGGAUUUCAAGGAGAUGGGAAGAUUUGCCAGCCCAUAAACCCUUGUGUUGACAGCAAUGGAGGCUGCCCAGAAAACUCUACUGUUUGUGUUUACAGACGUCCAGGAGAGGCAGCUUGUGUUUGCAAGCCUGGGAUGAGUAGGAGAACUCUUUCGUCCGAGUGCUCUGUAUUUCCCAACGAUUGUCGGCAGUAUUAUUGCGACGUGACUUCCACGUGUGAAAUUAAUUCUCAGGGGAAUCCUAGCUGUGUGUGUAAAGAAGGGGAGAUUGGAGAUGGGAGAAGUUGCUAUAAAGAUCUCUUGAGUGAGAUAAAUCAGCAUAAUCUGAGAGGAAGAUUUGCUAGGAAAUUAAGCGUCGCCAAGAAAAUGUUUGCUUCUGGUUGCUCAACGUUGCUGACUAAGUAUGGGCCCUUCACAGUCUUUGUACCAUCCCUUCUUCCCAUUCAUGAUAGAAUGGAAUUUAAUGAUAGCACUGCUGAGCUGUUGUGCAGAAUGCACAUUGUUCCUGGCCUGCAUUUGGUAGAAGACAUGAUAAAAGCCAAGACGAUGUGGACCUUGUCAGGACAUCGGCUAACAUUCACUAGUCAGACAUACAUCAAAUCAUUUCGAUAUCAAGACCUGCCAGGGGAACUGUACAACAUUCUGCAGUCAAACCUGCCAGCAGCCAAUGGCAUCAUGCAUGUGGUUAACACCCUAAGGAAAAAACCCAGCACUGACAACCUCAGAAACCCACAGAAAACCAUUGGGGAGAUCAUUGCUUCAAUGGAGAUCUUCAGCAGGUUUGAAACUAUAUUGGAGAACUGUGGCCUACCUGCAAUACUGGAUGGACCAGGCCCCUUUACUGUAUUUGUGCCCAGCAAUGAUGGUGUGGAUAAACUGAGAGACGGAAGACUCAUUUAUCUUUUCACAGAGGGCAUAAAUAAGCUUCAGGAACUUGUGAAACACCAUAUCUACACUUCAGCAGCGGUGACUGUAGAGAAACUGAUAAUGAUGCCACACAUAGUUACUAUGGCUAACCAGAUACUUACCAUCAACAUCAGUGCAGAUGGAAGAAUUCUGAUGGAUGAAUCAGGGAUCCCCUUAAACAUGAGAGACAUUGUGGCAUCAAAUGGUAUUAUUCAUACCUUGGAUGGCAUCUUCAUCCCUCCUUCAAUAAUUCCCAUUUUGCCUCACAGAUGCAAUGAAGAGCAACAUAAAAUUGUGAUGGGCUCUUGUGUGGAUUGUGAGGCCCUCAACAACAGCAUUUGCCCACCUGGCAGCAAGGAAAUGGAACCAAUGCUCUUCCCAAAAGAAUGUGUCUACAUCCAUGAUCCACAAGGCCUGAAUGUCCUGAAGAAGGGUUGCGCCAGGUACUGCAAUCAAACCAUCACGAAACCUGGAUGCUGCAAAGGGUUCUUUGGUCCAGACUGUAUGCCAUGCCCAGGGGGAUUUUCCAGUCCAUGCUAUGGCCGGGGAAAUUGCAGUGAUGGCAUACAAGGGAAUGGCAACUGUCACUGCUUUGAGGGUUUCAAAGGAAUAGCCUGCCACAUCUGCUCAAACCCAAACAAGCACGGCGAGAACUGUGACGAAGAUUGUGGUUGUGUCCAUGGUGUCUGUGACAACAGGCCUGGAAGUGGUGGUGUGUGUCAGUCCUGGUCCUGUAAGGAAGGCUAUACUGGGAAAUUCUGUGACAAGACGUCCAAGAACUGUGGCCCGAGUGGUCUGUCCCAGUACUGCCACCAGAACGCUGUCUGCAGCCUCAACGACACAGCAAGGUGCAUCUGCAUGGAUGGAUACGAAGGUGAUGGUUUUUCCUGCCAGCCCAUAGACCUGUGCAGUCAGCCAGAGCGGGGAGGCUGUUCACAGAAUGCCCUGUGCACCAGUACAGGCCCUGGCACUGCCACCUGCCAGUGCAAUGUGGGCUGGACAGGGGAUGGGAAAGUAUGUGUGGCUAUAGACAACUGCGUGCUGGAGAGCAGAGGGAACUGCCACCUCAAUGCUGACUGUGUUUACAUCGGCCCAGGCCAGACUGCAGCACUGAAAACCAUAUGCAGCUGCCCAGAUAGUCCACGGAGGGACUACCUGGGCCAAAAGUCUAUAAAAGUGAACUGUCUCUUUCUUGCAACUGUGUCUGUUUUUUAUGCUGGCGAUGGCCACAGCUGUGAUGCAAUCAACCCAUGCCUCAUGGACAAUGGUGGCUGCCAUGACUUGGCUACGUGUGUACCCCUUGGAGGAGGAGAGAGAUCCUGUGUUUGCUCUGAAGGCUACACUGGGGAUGGCAUGACAUGCUACGGGGACAUUCUAAAAGAGCUGGCCAGAAAUUCCCACUUUGCAGACUUCUAUGACUGGGUUAAGAAAUCUCUGUUCAGCAUCCCAGCAGGAACCAAUGUCACUGUCCUGGUGCCAUCAGAGGCAGCUGUCAAGAACUUGAACAACACUGAGAAAGAUUUCUGGUUGACCCCUUACAUGCUGCCAUUUUUAGUCAGGGCCCACUUUCUUGAAGGUGUCUUCACUGCUGAAAAGCUCAAAAAGUACGACAGGCCAGAAUUACCCACUCUCAACCCACAGACCAGAUGGCAGAUAAACACCACGAAUGGCGUAUUUAGCAUCCAAAAUGCAAGUAUAGUCGUCAGUGACAUUCCUGCCACCAAUGGCAUCAUCCAUGUCCUCAGUAAGGUUUUGUUGCCACCUUCAGAAGAUAUCCCACCAAGUCCUCCUGGUCUGCAGGAACAGCUUGAGACCGUUGCCUCAUUCAGCAUAUUCAAGGAGUUACUAGAGGAAUACCAGCUCAUUGGGAAGAUUGAGUCUUCUGAAAAAUACACAGUUUUUGUUCCUGGAAACAAUUCUGUUGAGGAGUACUGCCGUGCUGCCAAUGUGACUCAGCUGGACAAUGAGACAGUGCAGUACCACAUUGUACUGGGAGAGAAGCUCUUGCCCACAGACUUGAGAAGUGGAAUUCAUAAGAACAGCAUGCUAGGGCUCUCCUACUGGCUAAUGUUUUACCAAAACGGCACCCAGAAGUUUGUCAAUAAUAUUCCUUUGGAUGGGAAAUUCCUGGAGACGAAGAAUGGCAUGCUGGUCGGGGUGUCACAGGUGCUGCAGAUACACAAGAAUCGAUGCACUGCCAAUACCACCACCAUACAAAAGUCAAGAUGCGGCAAGUGUGAGAAGGGGAUCAAGUGUCCGUCUGGAUCAGUUCUUGUGGAAUUGCCAGGCAGCAAGAACCUCCCUCGCUGCCAAUUGCGCUCUGGGGAUGCACUUGGCUGCCAUUUCACCUGUGCCAAAGUUUCUCUGAGGUCUGUCUGCUGCCCCGGCUACUAUGGACACAUGUGUGAGAUGUGCCCAGGGAAGCCAGGCCAGUGGUGCUCUGGGAACGGGGAAUGCCAGGAUGGCAUUGAGGGCAGUGGAGAGUGCCGAUGCCAGGAGGGCUUCCAUGGAACUGCCUGUGAAAUGUGUGAAGUGGGACGAUACGGGACUGACUGCAAAUCAGAAUGUGCCUGUGACAAUGGCAUAUGUAACGAUGGACUGCAAGGGGACGGGAGCUGCGAGUGCUUCCCAGGGUGGAAGGGCCCUACCUGCCAUGAAAGAAUCAAGAUCGACUUAUGCAAUAACACUUGCCAUCAAAUGGCCAACUGCCUCAACAGUUCCACAGAUUCCCUACCUGUGUGCAUCUGCUCUGCUGGAUACACAGGGAACGGGACCCAUUGCACUGAAAUAGAUCCAUGCACUAUCGAUCACGGUGGCUGCUCCGUGCACGCUGUGUGUACUAAGGUGUCCCCAGGAGAGAGAACCUGUGUCUGUAAGGAAGGCUACGCCGGGGAUGGGACACUCUGCUUGGAAAUCGAUCUCUGUCUCGAAAACAACGGUGGCUGCCACACCAACGCAGAGUGCAUCAAAACAGGCCCGAAGAAGGUUGCCUGCAACUGUCUUCCUGGUUACAGUGGGGAUGGUGUGAGCCAGUGCAACCCCAUCAACUUGUGUGAACAGAACAAUGGAGGCUGCAGUCCCUUUGGGCUCUGCAGGUACACAGGCCCUGGCACUCGGAACUGCUCCUGCUCUUGGCACAGUAUCGGAGAUGGCUUCACCUGCCGUGGCAAAGUGCAUCAGGCAGAAAGCAUCAAAGAACUCAGUGGGGCAGGGCCUUUCACUGUCUUCGUCCCACAGGCAGAUUUCAUAGGAAACACCACAACGUUUGAGGAGUGGAAGAGCAGAGGUCUUCUCCGGGACCUGCUUCGCUACCACAUGGUGGGCUGCCAGAAAUUGCUCUCCAGUGACCUGGAAGACCAGCAGUCCCUUACAUCUUUAUCUGGCCACAAAAUAAAUAUCACAGUGAAUGAGAAUAGCAUCUAUCUCAAUGAGGAGGCCAAAGUGGUCAUGAGUGACAUCAUUGGCGUGAAUGGGGUCAUUCAUUUCAUCAACCAGAUCCUCAUUCCAAGUGACCUGGUGGACCGUAACAUUUCCUCAAAGCUCUCACAGUUGUUUGCUUUCCUUCCUCUGCAGCAGAACAUUGUAGAAGUGGCAGAGGCCUUUGGGUACACCAUUUACAGCAAGCUGCUGAAGGUGAGUGAGCUGCUGCCACUGGUUAAUAACCUCAGGCAUGGACCCUUCACCAUGCUGUGGCCCACAGAUGCUGCAUUUGAUGCUGUCCCAGAGAACAGGCAGAAGUGGCUGUACCGCAGAGAGCAUCGGGACACACUGGCCUCCUACCUCAAAGCACACAUGAUCUGGAAUGCAAAGAUUGUUGCUGGUAAUGUGCCCCAAGUUGAAAAAUUACGGACCAUGCACGGCUCCACUGUCUCAUUCAGCUGCAGCAAAACCCAUGUGGGGGAGAUACUGGUGGGGAACGGCGAGGCCACCAUCAUCCAGAGGCACAUGGAAUUCAAUGGGGGCAUUGCUUAUGGCAUCGAUAGGCUGUUGGAGCCACCGGAUUUGGGAUUUCGGUGUGACGAGUUCAGCUUUGUUGAGCUACAGGCAUCUAGAGAGAGCUGUGGACUCUGUGGCUUCGAGCCACGCUGCCCUGCUGGCUUCGUUCAACGGGGGGAAACCAGGAGCUGCUACUAUUAUGAAAACCAUCUGCUGAGAAACACUUUUCUGCCUCACCGCAACCCCUUGGUGCCACGGUCGUGGUACUCCCCGUGGGAGCCCUUCAGAAGACACUUCUCUUCCAGGGGGCCUCUGAGAAGAGGCUGCAGGAGGAUCUGUGUUUCCAGCCAGUGGGUCCCACAGUGCUGUGCCAACCGCUAUGGCCGUGACUGUCAGGCAUGCCCAGGGGGGCUGGAGGCGCCGUGCAGUAACCGUGGUACCUGCGAUGACAGAAUCGGUGGCUCAGGGAGGUGCAACUGCAGCCAGGCCUUCCUCGGGACCAGCUGCGAGCUGUGCGCGCCGGACAGAUACGGACCCGAGUGCCGAGAGUGUAAUUGUACCGAGAACGGUGUGUGCAAUGCAGGGCUGCACGGCGACGGCUUCUGCUUCUGUGCUGAGGGCUGGACUGGAGAUCGCUGCGAAAUCCGACUAGUGCUGACACCCACCUGCUCUCCACCGUGCCACCCCCAGGCCGUCUGCCGCGCCAACAACCUCUGCGAAUGCAACCUGCACUACGAAGGGGAUGGGAGAACGUGCUCAGUGAUUGACAUGUGUGGGCAGGACAACGGGGGCUGUGCCAGGCACGCGCACUGCACGCAGGUGGGCGUCAAUGUCUCCUGUGCCUGCGCUCCCGGGUACACGGGCGACGGCUACGUCUGCGACCCCAUAGACAGGUGUGCAGAUGGCAGGAAUGGGGACUGCAGCCAGCACGCCAACUGCAUCAGCACCGGCCCGAACGAGCGGCGCUGCGAGUGCAAGCAGGGCUAUGUGGGUGAUGGGAUCCAGUGCCUGGAACAGGUUGUGCCCCCCACGGAUCGGUGCCUGGAAGACAACGGGCAGUGCCAUCGGAAAGCUAUCUGCACCGACCUGCACUUUCACGAUAAGACUAUGGGCGUGUUCCACCUGCAGUCACCCCGAAAAAAGUACGACUUCACUUACGAGCAGGCUCAGGCAGCCUGUGCCGCAGAAGGUGCUUCCCUGGCCACGUUCCAGCAGCUCUCAGCAGCACAGCAGAUGGGAUUUCACCUGUGCUUGGUGGGUUGGCUGGACAAUGGCACAGCUGGAUACCCCACGGCCUACCCCAACCCCAGCUGUGGGUCCAACCAUGUGGGCAUCGUGGACUAUGGCUCCCGAAGCAACCUAAGUGAGACUUGGGAUGCCUUCUGCUACCGGGAAAAAGACCUGACUUGCACGUGCCGUGACGGGUUCGUGGGAGAUGGGUACUGGUGCAGCGGCAAACUCCCCGAUGUGCUCGCAGACCACGACCGCUUCUCCAUCUUCUACUCCAUGUUGCUCGAUUUUGCCAAUGACACAGAAGGACUGGAUUUUUUCAUGUAUUUGUCUGAUGACUCCAGUCCCAAAACCCUCUUUGUCCCUCUGAAUUCUGGUUUUGCAGACAAUGAGACACUGACAGGAGAAGAACUGAAGCUCCAUGUGUCAUCCAGCAAUGUUGUCCUCUUCAGCUACAACCUCACAACAGGCACCAUCAUCCCUUCCCAGUCAGGAUAUGCCCUCCACGUAUCCGACCUCCCAGCAGGCAACAGCACAGAGCACUCAGACGCCAAGGGCAUCAAUGACACGAUGAUUGUGGAGUGGGACAUCAUAGCCUCCAACGGCAUCAUUCACGCGAUUGCGGAGCCGCUGAGGAUCCCCCCGCCCCGCGUGCAGCUGGGGCAG